CCGAGCAACAGCACUGAUGUUAUUAUAGAUCACACACACACACACACACACACACCGCGCUUCACAUCGUUUUCUGCUCCUAACAUCAUGUCAGCGUCCGCUUUCAUCCUGGUGGUCCUGGCGACGUCUCUGUGGCCCGGAGACUCCAGGUUCAUCAUUGACCCUUUGUCAUUCAUCAAACACAAAUCUCUGACUUUGGAUAUGUGUCCAGAAUGCUGCCAGAUCGUCCAGCUGUCCGCCAACAUGAUUUCCAGCAGAGACACUAAGGAGACUGUAUAUGAAACCUUGCACGCUCUGUGCCAACGCCUCCCAAAGGAACAGGCAUCAGAGUGUGACUCACAGGUGAAGGCGUAUUUGCCCAAAGUCUUGCAGCAAACACCUGGUCACCUGAAACCAGAAGAGACCUGUGUGGUGUUUGGACUUUGUGCCGCUCACAAAGAGGAGGAACCGCUCAAACUUCCUGACCAUGCCACCACCAAUACAGACCUAUCCAGUGCUGCACUCGGGACAGGCACCAGCUCUCAUGAACUGUUCAACCCUGCCUGCACCCUGUGUUUGUUUAUUAUCAAGAAACUGGAGACCCUGUUGCCCACAAAUAUGACUGAGGAUGCUUUGAUGAAGCUCAUGGGAGAGGUCUGCGAUCUUGUACCACAUAGCUACAAGGAGCAAUGUGAUGAUUUUGUUGCCAAAUACGGCACGCAGAUAGUCGAAUUCCUUUUAUCGUCGGCUGCACCUCACACAAUAUGUACCCUUUUGCACCUCUGUUUGUUCCAGGAGCAGACUGUUCCAGAGGUGUCCCUCCCCUCGGACUGCGAGUCGUGUCGCACUCUGGCUGUGCUGAGCCGACUUCACCUGGGUCCCAACUCCACCGAACCUGAGACUUCCUCUUUCCUCCAGUCUGUGUGUGUCCAACACCCCAAUGCCAUCCCUAAGUGUGAGGCUUUCACCAGAAUCUACGGCUCCCGUCUGCAGAAGGUUUUGGGAAACCAGAUGGACGGUACUCAUGCUUGUGAAAAAGCUGAUCUGUGCGUUGCCUCACAGAAGUUGGAGCCGCUGGGAAACAAUCGUUGUACUUGGGGACCAACCUACUGGUGCAAAAACAUUCAAACUGCUCAGAUGUGUGGUAACCAGGCCUUCUGCAAGAAAUACAUGUGGAAGAAGUGAAACUGCCAGCCUGCAGCUCAAAAAUUAGGUGCACUGAAAGAACUACUUUCUUUUUUUUUUACAAUUAUUAUUGCACUAAUCAACUCUUAAAAGUUUUAUAAAUGUAAUGCACUGAUUUACUUUUCGUGUUUUACUGUUGGGGGAAUCAGCCAUAAAUAUUCAUCAGGAAAUUCUCUGGUUUGCAUGAAUGUCACAAGACUGAGGCUGGGAUUCAGUCUGAAACCUUAGUUUCUGCAGGGGUAAACAGUUUUGUGAACAGUGUUAUUCAAUACAUUGCUACAUGUAAGUUAUUAUGAACUAUGUGAUAAGACAGUAUUAUUAUUUGGACAACUGGCUACUCAAUAAAGCUGCAGAGCUGCUUCUUCUGUUA